UGAAGCAAGUUGGAUGCAGAAAGAAUUCAUCAUGUGGACUCUCUUGGUUCUUUGCAGCGUGAUCACCUCAUAUGGAGUGCGAGGUGCUGAUCGCUUCCAAACGACUGAUGGAAUGAAUUCAGAAACACCAGAAUCUCCAGAAACAUCAGUUCCUGAUGCAACAUACACAGAUGAUGUAACUGGUUCUGCUGUAGCAGGUGUACGCUGUGGUGGCUACCUGUAUGGAAGCAGUGGCACUUUUUCCAGCCCCAACUAUCCAAGCAAGUACCCGGUAAACGCAGACUGUACAUGGUUCAUCAAUCCAGGCAGACAAUUCGUGCAGCUGAAGUUACUUGAUGUAAACAUUGAGAAUCACCCAACUUGUGGAUAUGAUGCCAUUUACGUCUACGAUGGCUCAAGCACCAGUAGCAGGUUUCUGGGGAAGGUGUGUGGCAACAGUACCAGUACCACCAACAUUACCACAUUCCACUCUACUGGUGCUUAUUUGACUGUGCGCUUCAGGAGUGACAGCAUUAUUAGCUACUCAGGAUUUCUUGCUGAAUACCGAGUUGUGGAAUCCUGCAGAUACAACUGUGGCUACCAGGUUGCAGGCUGUUCUUGCUCAUCAAGCUGUGAAUACAGAGGAAACUGUUGUCCAGACUAUAAAGAUUACUGUUUAUCCACAUCUGCACCAGUAACAGCUGGUCCGUCAUGUCGUUACAACUGUGGCAUGCACAUGGGAAGCUGCUCUUGCUCAAGCACUUGUGAAUACUAUGGAAACUGCUGCCAUGACUACCACUCUUACUGCCCGUCAACCACUGACAUACCUGUCACCACAGCUCAGCCCUCAUGUCAGUACAACUGUGGCUGGUAUAUGGGAAGCUGCUCCUGCUCAAGCUCUUGCCAAUACAAUGGAAACUGUUGUUAUGACUACCACUCUUACUGCCUGUCAACCACUGACAUACCUGUCACCACAGCUCAGCCCUCAUGUCAGUACAACUGUGGCCGGUAUAUGGGAAGCUGCUCCUGCUCAAGCUCUUGUCAAUACAAUGGAAACUGUUGUUAUGACUACCACUCUUACUGCCUGUCAACCACUGACAUACCUGUCAACACAGCUCAGCCCUCGUGUCAGUACAACUGUGGCCGGUAUAUGGGAAGCUGCUCCUGCUCAAGCUCUUGUCAAUACAAUGGAAAUUGUUGUUAUGACUACUACUCCUACUGCCAAGUCACGACUGACAUGCCAACCACAGCAGGCCCGUGUGGAGGCUCUCUUUUUGGCUCUGGCACCUUCUCCAGCCCGAACCACCCCUACUAUUACUACGACAAUGCCUACUGUGUCUGGCAGCUGAGAGCUGCAUUUGACCAAAGAAUCUUCCUGUCGUUCACGUACCUGCAAUUGGAGAACUGCUGCUCCUGUGACUACAUUUCAGUCUACGAUGGGCCAUCUGUUAGCUCACGAUAUCUGGGGAAAGUGUGCAACACAAGUCUGAAUUCUUUCUACUCAUCCUCCAACUACAUGACGGUGCUCUUCCGGACUGAUGGUUCUGUGGUAGGACGAGGGUUCAGUGCAGACUUCAUAAGCUCUCUGCCAUCAAGUUCAGGUAGAGUAGACUGCUCCUCAGACAACAUGAACAUUGUGAUUGAGAGGACUUAUCUGAAUUCUCUCGGCUACGACGGCCACAGUCUCUACCUGAAUGACCCGCUCUGCAGACCCCAGGUUUCCAGCUAUCAGGUGGUCUUCAGUUUCCCCAUAAACACUUGUGGCAACGUUCGGAAGUUUCAGAAUGGCAGAGUUGUGUACACCAACACUGUUCGUGCCUACACCACCAACUCUGGAGAGAUCACACGCCAGUCUCACUUGAAGCUGAACGUGGGCUGUCGAAUGGAGCAGGACUCAGUGGCCCAGAUUAUGUACCUUGUCCAUCAUCGUGAUAACAGCAGCAUUACAGGCACAGGCAGAUUCAAUACCAGCAUGGACUUCUACACAUCCAGCAGCUUCUACUAUAAGGUGACUCAAGUUCCAUACGAGGUGACACUCAACCAGAACCUGUAUGUCCAAGUGGACCUAAGGAGGGGUGACAACACCCUGGUCCUCUAUCUUGACACGUGUGUGGCCUCACCAUCACCCCAUGAUUUCCAGUCCAGAGCUUACUACCUUGUCCGUAACGGAUGUCCCGUGGACAACACCUACCAGGCCUACAUCACUGGCACCCGUGCCUAUGCCCGUUUCACAUUUAAGGCCUUCCAGUUUCUGCGAGCCACAGAGUCAGUGUACGUCCAGUGCAAGGUCCUGAUAUGCCCAGCCUCGGACUACAAUUCCCGCUGCCGCCGUGGCUGCCAAAAACGUAUGGCCAGAGACCUGGGGUCAGAACACGACAGCCAAACUCUGGUCCUGGGCCCCAUCCAACUCAAAGACCCUGAGAAAAAGGAAGAAGAGACUCAGGAGCAGAUCAAGGCCUAACCUGAUGCUGCAAUGAGCUUCUACAAUCAUACUUACCAAUCAUUACAGCUCUUGCCAUGCUGUUCAUUGUGACACUGAAUUAUUCUCAUUUCUUUUCUCUUUAUCACAUUACCUGAUUAAAAGCAUCAACGAUC